AUGGCUCUUCUCUUUGGCGCUCUGAUCUUGGCUCGCCAACUGGAUUAUGAACGCACACCUGACUACUACUUGACUGUAGAAGCGCGUGAUAGUGGUCAUCCGCCACUUAGCUCCACCACAGUCAUAACGAUUACUGUUUUAGAUGCCAAUGACAACGUGCCCCGCUUUGAAGGGAGUAAUAGACGGCGUUUAACUACGUCGACUGGAAAGACAGUGACAAACGGAAGUGCCUUGGUAGCAGCACAAACGGAGCACGAAGACCCGGAUUCCAGCAUAGAUCACUAUUAUGAAUUCACCGUACUAGAGAAUACUCGUGAGGGCACUGUGAUUGGGCAGGUGAGAUUUUCCUAA